GAUGGCGGGUCUGCUUCGCAUGCCUGGCUCCUCAGCGCUUCCUCCUGGCCUGCCGGAAAGCAUUGACUGGCGCAGCCGGCUGAAUUCCAGUAGCUUCGUGAAGGAGCAGGGCAGCUGUGGAUCCUGCUGGGCGCUGGCAGCUGUGGGAGCUUUGGAGAUGCAUGCGGAGAUCCAUAGCAAAAAGGCUCCGCCAGAGCUCUCUGCAGACCAGCUUCUGGACUGUGUCCCAAAUCCGCAGCACUGUGGUGGCCUUGGUGGAUGUGAUGGCGCCAACUCCGAGCUGGCCUUUGAGUAUGUGCAGCAGCACGGCUUGUACACAAGCAGCUCGUAUCCCUCCAGUGGUACCAAGAAGGAGGAGGGGUGCUCAGGCAGAGUGGGCCGCCCGCAUGUGCAGCUACAAGGCUUCGUCCGCCUCCCCAGCAACAGCUUGAACUCCAUGCUGCAGGCCCUUGCGCGCAGAGGUCCACUUGUGGUUGGGGUGGAUGCAUCGCGCUGGGACCUCUACGGCCAUGGUGUCUUCGAUGCCUGUGAGCGGGAUGCCACAGUCAAUCACGCCGUGGUUCUGGUAGGCUAUGGGCAAGAUGUCAUGGGAAGAGAUUAUUUCUUGAUACGAAACUCCUGGGGCAAGGCUUGGGGCGAAGAUGGUUACAUGCGCCUCCUGAGGCACUCUAGUGAUCAGGGUGCACCUGGCCACUGCGGUAUCGAUAGGAAGCCUCAAGAGGGAGUGUGGUGCGAGGGCGGUGCUCCAGAAGUGCCUGUUUGCGGUAUGUGUGGUAUUCUGUCCGAUGCCACGCACCCUCAGACUGUUACGCUUUCUGCCGCUUGGUCUCCGCAGCCGCCUGGUGUGCGAUCUGUCCAGCGAAGUGCAUCCGUAAGCGAUGUGGCCCAGGGACCGCCGCCCAUUCAUGAGCUGGUGCCUGCCCAGCUGAAGAGCAAAGUUCUCAAGCUGGUCAAGGCAGCCCCACCAUUAGGUCCAAAACAUCGGGGUGUCGUUUGCAUUGAGAUGAACUGGAGCGAGAGUGGUUAUCUGCCAGCGCAUGCUCAGCCGCUGAGCGAGGAUCCUGACACGUACAUCUGGGGUGAGAAGUACAAACGGCUUGCAGCGGAACUUCGGAAAGCUCUGUCCGACAAGGGCGUCAGCGUUGUGGAUUUCAAGACGCCUUCUGGGCUGAAGAAGGGCAAUGGCAUCUACGACAGGUUCUCAGAAUGGGAGCGGCAUCUGCCGAGAGGCAAUGCAUCCAACGUGUCACAUAAGUCCUCGGGCCCCAGCCGAAUUGGGGCCUUCGAGGUGCACCUCGUGCAGGGCACCUGGGAUCCUGAACGAUGCUGCCCCGCCACGCUUGGCAGGAACCAGUGGCAUCAGGGCCCAGCCGUGUGCCUCUCCGAUGGCAUCUACUGCUCAGCAUGUGCAGAGGCCAUUCGAGAUGAAAGGCAAAGGCCAGUGAGCUACACCAAGGACCAGUUAGCAGAGCAACACCUCCUCGUGCACUCCAAGCUCUGGACUCGGCGCUGGCCUGGCAUGCGGUUCCUGUUGCUGCGGAUUGGUGUUGCAACUGUGCCACCUCCACCGCUGCAUGCCCCAGUGUCUCUGGUGUUGGUGGAUCCGCCAAGACCGGCUUAUCAGAGGUUAGUGCCUACCAGACUAGACUGUGAGCGCAGACCGCGCAUCUCGUUGCCAGAGGAUCCGGCAGAAGUGAUCCGUAGGAAGCUCCAUUCCCUCGACUGUCCUGCGAACAGAGGUUGGAAGAUGCACUCCCAGAUUGGCCCCCAUAUCUUGUGCAUGUGUGGUGGAGGAAGCCACCAGCUAAGCGUUGAUGAAGUUGCAGCACAGAUGGAACCACUGGGCUUCAGUGGCAUUAACUUCAGGGACUUUGUGCUACGAGAGGCACAUCAUUUUGAGAACGUGGAUGUGAAUACGUUCCUCAAAGCUUACAUGGAUGCUGAUGGUCACCAGGUGGUGGUAGCGCUGCAGUCCAAGAGACAAAAAGCUCAAGAUCAAAUAAAUCUGGAGGAGUCCCUAUUCCAAGGCUUGCUGGCGUCCAAAGAAGACCUCAACAAGCAGCAGCAAGAUGCAUGUCAGAGCUAUGAGGCUGACUUCCGCAAGGGUCAAGCCAAGGCUGAGAGGAUUUUUGUGAAACAUUGCCUUGAUGUGGCGAGCUUCGUGCCCGGUGCUGAGGUAAACAUUGAUCCUGCAAAGACCUCGGUUGACAAAGCCAUGCGCGAGCUAGAGAAGGCCAAGCAGCUGAACGAGUCCCGGGUUGAAGCUUGGGCCGAGUGGGAGGAGGCUGUCGACUGCUGGUCAGAUGUGCCGGAGGUUUUCCAGCAUCGGCCUGAUCUUUCAAAUGCUACUUUCGAGAGGGAUGAUGCGCAAGCGAAGGCUGCACUCUUAAGAAGCCAGGCUGACACGGUUGUUCGCGAGAUGGAGGCGUGCAUGCCCGACAGGCAAUCCUACUCUAGCCGACUCACCUGCGUGCAGGAGGAGUGGGCUCGUCGCAUUGAGGAGUAUCACGAGACAUGCGGCUCACAUGGGCAACGGCAAAAGGCCGAAUUUCGCGAGAUGGAGGCGUGCGUGCCCGACCGGCAAUCCUACUCUAGCCGACUCACCUUCGUGCAGGAGGAGUGGGCUUGUCGCAUUGAGGAGUAUCACGAGACAUGCGGCUCACAUGGGCAACGGCAAGAGGCCGAAUAA